AUGGACCCGGCAGUGAUCGCCGCUCAACUGCGCGUCGCGGUGGGCGACCUGCGCGCCCGUGGGCUCAACAAGGCCACGCAAUUUGCAGCAGAGCUUCUCCUUGGUAUCGGAGAGGCCGCUGCAUGCCGAGAGUCGUCGUCGAAGUCGCGAAAUGACGACGACAGUAGCGACGAGGCUGAGGACUGGGCGGAGGCCGACCGCUAUGAAGCUGCUAAGGCCUGCUUUGACAUGGGCGAAUACCUCCGUGCUCACCACUUGCUAUCGAUCUGCACUGAGCGUGACGUGGGAUCGUGCCGACGCCUGACGCACAAGACGCACUUUCUCCGCAACUAUUCUUUGUUUAUGGCUGGUGAAAAAGCGAAAGAGGAGAUGGAUCUGGUGAUAAAUGUCACAGGCAGCAGCAAAGAGUUGGACCGCAAUUUGCAUCGCCAAGGCACCAAUCCUCAUCUGAAAGAGCUGUACUUGUCGCUAAGUUCCGCGUACCAACAGAACUUGCUGGACGGGUUUGGCCUCUACCUUUACGCUGUCGUUCUCAAGCGUCUGGGCUACAGUACAAGUACUGGAAGCACAGAAGCACAAUCUUCGACCCCAGUUAGUAUGAAAACUCGACGCCGCGUGGAUUCCGCAGAGGAACAAAAGCGUCAGCACGUGCGUUAUCUCGAUGCUGCCAAUGUACAGACAGGCUCGACAAGCGAGUCUGGUGUACUGACAUUUGACGUUGCAACGCGGUUCAUCCUUGUCGAAUCGAUACGACUCUACCCGUGGAAUUGGUCGGCCUGGAUGGAGCUGGCAGCUCAUUCUCCUUUCACAUCCAAUGAAGAAGAAAUUAUUCUAGCGACAAGCUGUUCAUGGAUGUUCCAGCUAUUUCAAGCACACGUCUUGCUUGACCAGCAGCAAAAUGAUGGCGCACGUGUGCUCCUAACUGGUUUAGAAGAACAUUUCCCACGUAGUACCUAUCUUUUGGCGCAGCAGGCGCUGACAAGCUAUCACAUACGAGACUUUGAUCUGUCUCAAGAACAAUUUGAGCGGCUAGCUGCGCAAGACCCUCAUCGGAUGGAAAACAUGGAUGUAUACUCAAACGUGCUGUACGUGAAGGAGAACAAGACAGAGCUUAGUCGAUUAGCGCAUCGAGCAAUCAAGGUGGAGAAGUACCGGCCGGAGACAUGCUGCAUCAUUGGAAACUACUAUUCGAUCAAGAACAAGCACGAUCGCGCUAUCAUAUAUUUUCACCGCGCUUUAAAGCUCGAUCCCCACUUCCUGUCAGCGUGGACACUCAUUGGCCACGAGUACAUCGAGAUGAAGAACACAAGUGCAGCUGUUGAGGCCUACCGCCACGCAGUUGAUCUGAACGCACGAGACUAUCGCGCUUGGUACGGACUUGGGCAGGCCUACGAGAUUUUGAACAUGAAUCUGUACAGUAUCUACUACUAUCGGAAAUCUGUGGCGAUUCGUCCCUAUGACGCGCGCAUGUGGUGCGCCUUAGGUGGCUGCUACGAAAAGCUGGACAAGAUCGAGGAAGCUCUUACGUGUUUUCAUCGUGCCGUGAAUAAUCAAGACCGUGAGGGCAUUGCGUCGUACCAUCUAGGCCGUCUUUAUGCGGUGCGUGGGCAGCAACAUGACGCUGCCAUGUAUUAUCAGUUGCACCUCGGUCUUCAAAGCACACCAGCAUCACUUUUAUCCCACGAUCUGGAUACACCGAAGCGAGUCAUCACAACGCAUGAUGAACACGAUACUAAGGACGAAAGAGAGGUGCUUGUUCUCCCUAGUGGCAGUGGUGGUAACAUUCGCUUGGACACUCCUCAAGCGAUGGCAGCGAUACUGUUCCUUGGCAACUUCUAUAAGCAAUUGGGCCGAUUUCCUGAAGCGACCAUAUUCUGUAACUGCUUGCUAGACAUGCAGGGACCAGAGAGAGAGGAAGCCAAGGCACUUUUGCGGGAGAUGCAUAGUUUGGAGGCAAAUUGUAUGCAAAAUGCCUCCAACGCAGGCGAAAAAUAG